AUGGAUUCGCCCGAAAAACUGUUCAACCUCGAAGACAAAAUAGCCGUUGAUAUGACACAUGACAAAAUAUACGAGGAGUUCAAAGAGGAUAUCGCCUAUCUCAAUGAAGCCGUAGAAAAGUAUUUGGAGGGAAAGGUGAGAAUAUCGGCAAUUCAGUGAGAAUAUAUUGUUCUUUUUAGCCGACGAGCACUGAAGCCAUCGCAAAAAUUGCUCGUCUUCGCAGAAACACAAGACUGUGCCAUUAUGCGACUGCUCAAAUCAGAAAAGAAGUGGCCGAGAGAAUGGAGCUGGUGGAUGCGAAGCUUUUACAAUUGCAAAACGUGACCAGCGAAGUGCAGCACAUUCAGAAGGAAAUAGACAGGUGUCUGGACUUUAGCGCCGGCGACGAGGACCUCGAGCUGAUUUCUGUCGAGGAAUUCUAUCAGCAAGCACCCGAGUCUCUGUCGAAACGGGAAGAAACUAUGGGAAAUGUGCAUGAGCAGUACAUGGCAAGACUGAAGUUUGAGAACGAUCAGAGAAGAGAGUAAGUCGCGAACAAAUCGGUGGACUAGCAAAUACAAUCAUCGAGCUUUUUAGUUUGUUAUCAAAUCUUCAAGAACUGGAAGGAAGAAGAAACGUGCUGCAGAGUGAUAUUCGAGGCAAGGAAGUACGUCUUCAGGGAUUGAAGCCCAAAUUGGAAGAUCUCGCGAAAGUCGCCGAACCUGUCUUCGAUAUGGUUGGAGCCAAAUUCAAGGACCUGAACAUUGGCGAGGAACAGAGACAACUCUCACUGACUCUUCCGGCUCCUCUCGCAGUCACCCACAUCCAUGCGACUGCUUACAAAGAAAUUCACGAUGGUAAAGAGAGUUCUAGUGCAAUCAGUCCAAUUCCUUUUUUCAGACAGACUAUUUGACUUCCGUAUUGUUGGCAACAACGAUUCGGUAAAGCUGUCGAAGGAAGAUUCGGAGCCGAAGAGAAGACGGAAGGAGGACGAGACAACGCAGCAGAAAAUCAACGAGAUGGCUGCGAAGAUGUUCGAUGUGCAUCCGAUGAGUCUCGAGUUCGACAUCGAGUCGGCCAACAGUAAAAAUAUGAAUAAGAAAAACUUCCAAAUGAAAAUGUUUCAGAUGACUUGAAAGUGACGAUGAUCAUUCAGUAUCUUACCGAAUUAAAAGUGACCACUGCCAAGUGGCAGACGCACGAAAGUUCGACGGGAAGUAGGAGAUCAUCCCUUUUCUCGGCGGACACUCUCAUGUCCGAUCUGUUCGACGGAGAUACAGGAGACAAAUGCCCGAACAAAGUGGGAGAACUGAAAAUUGAUCAUCUCAAGUGAGAGUGUUUCUUUCAUUUUCAUCAAGAUUCAAAAUUCUGCCUUCAGACUGAACUUCGAUUCCACUGCCAAACACGUCGGAAAACCGUAUAAAUUCGUCCAAGAGCUCUCCGGAGUCGAUGGAGAAACGGGUGGACUAGCUGUUACUGAGCAUUUGAGAAAGGUCGUCAAAGCGAUUCGAGAUAGAAUAUCCAACCGAUUCGUGCUUGAUAACAUCAUCAGAAUGCUCGAAUCAAAGAAGACGGACGACCUCAAUAUCGAAUCGGACGUUAAAAUCGUGUCUUUCAAGCAGUGCGACGACGAGGCAUUCAUCGCCUCCAUCCCGAUUUCUUUGUCUGAAUCUAUCGCAAAAGCCAAUUCUUCGGACAGAUUUUCCUAUAAAAUCGAGUUGGAAGACACGGGAAACAAAAAGUGAGACAUUGAGCCUGCGAUGUUACUUAUAAAGCUAUUCUUCAGACUAACUGCAUUCAUAUCUGUGCCUGCUGAUUAUCCACGUCACACGGCACUCUUCGGUCUCGUCGCUCCAGAAGGUUCCAAUGACGAUACGGUCAAAGAAAUCGAAGAACGUCUGCACAACGAAGCGGAUUAUGUCGACGAUGAGAACAGCCUGAAAGAGCAGUUGACUAUUCUCGCUAAGCACGUCGACCUCUCCUAA